AUGGCAAGAAACUUCACCGUUAAAAGUCACAUCUCAUCUGAUCCGAAAUCAUGGUUUGGGAUGCAAGGGAUUUUAAGAAAAGAACAUAACUCCGCAUUCCUGUACAUUUCGUAUGAAGAUCGACGGGUUUUGCUUUGGGUUUUGAAAACAAACGGAGACAUUCUGUUUCGAAUUUCCGAGACAGUCGAUGACAAAAGUCUCAUUGCCGAAAAAGCUUUUGAUUUGAAUAGCUUUUUUAACAAGAGUCUCCACCGCUUUAGUAUUUUACCCAAUCACAAGUGCGAAGAUCGAUCUUUGAGUGAAACCAUGCCAACAUCACCUUAUGAUGAAGGUGAAGCAGAUUUGCGAGGUGAGGAAACUCAAGACACCAUAAGAAGACUUCAGUUGUGUUCCAAAGUGAUCAUCUCUCCAGUGGCCGAUCUACUCACAGAGCCAGAGAUCAUCAUUAUUCCCGAACGCAGCUUGUACCGAGUCCCAUUUGCAGCCCUACGUCACCAACCAGGCGGAAAGUGUUUAGCAGAGACUUUCAGGAUUCGCAUUGUCCCUUCUUUGACGAUUCUCAAGCUCAUUCAGGACUGCCCAGCGGAGUAUCACAGUCAGAACGGUGCUCUGGUUGUGGGUGAUCCUAAGGUAGGCAGGGCGCGUUACAGGGGAGAAAUCCAUAACUUCACAUCACUGGCCGGUGCAAGAAAGGAAGCAGAGAUGAUCGGACAACUGCUGGGUGUUCAGCCUUUGUUAGGAGAGCGUGCGACCAGAGAUGCGGUACUUCAAGCAAUGAACUCAGUGAGUUUGAUUCAUAUUGCUGCCCAUGGUAAUGCCGACAGAGGAGAGAUUGCCCUUUCCCCUCGCCCCACUGCUGACAGUAUUCCAGAAGAAGAAGACUACCUCUUGAGGGUCUCUGAUAUUUCACAAGUUAAGCUGCGAGCCAAACUGGUAAUACUCAGCUGUUGUCACAGUGGGCGAGGAGAGAUUAAAGUCGAGGGAGUUCUUGGAAUCGCACGAGCGUUCUUAGCAUCCGGUGCGCGUUCAGUGCUGGUGACACUGUGGGCCAUAGAGGACGAAGCAACAGAGCAGUUCAUAACACGUUUCUACAGACACCUUGUUGACGGAUUUAGUGCCAGUGAAUGUCUUCACCAGGCCAUGAAAUGGCUGAGGAACAACGGCUUUACCAAAGUUUCCCAGUGGGCUCCGUUCAUGCUGAUUGGAGAUAACGUGACAUUUGACUUUAAGUCGCUGAAGAGGAAGGAGGAACCGGACUGUGAGGGAUAAAAGUGAGGCAUACAAGAAACAAUCGGCGAACCUCUUUUGUGGGGACUCCCGUAUAAUUUUCCAUAGCCUGAUGCUGCAUUGAAAGAAAAUUUCCUUGCUGAUACUCGACAGGAGAAGUUGUGUCAGGCAUGUAAACUUUAAG